CCUCUUGUCCAUUGUACCGCGACAGUCGACCGUACUACCUUCGCGGGCGAAGUACGCCGUAACACGGCCGAACGACUUCACAUUACGCGCGGAAAAAAUCGUAAACAAAAACUAACAAACUAAAUGGUUCAGCUACCAAUAAAAAAUAUAGGUCAAAAAUAGAUCAGCCUGUAUGGAGCGCGCGUUGUAGUUCGAAUUUUGAAAAGUGCGCGGUUUUUAAGUUUAGUUUUUUUUUUAUUUAAUUUCGCAGUGAAAAUGGGUUUGAAGCCGGAAGAUGAUAAGAGGCCGAGCAAGUUGGCGAUUAUGGAUGAUGUUUCGGAUACACCACGCGGUUUCGGAACACGGCACUUCGUCACUUUCAUGUUGUUCCUCGGCAUGGCCAACGCCUACGUCAUGCGGACCAACAUGUCCGUGGCCAUCGUGGCCAUGGUCAACCACACGGCGCUGCCAACAACCCACGAGGCCACGGACGACGAGUGCGGCGUGGAUACUAGGAAUUCCACUGUGACAUUGCAAGACGGAUCAUUUGUAUGGAGUUCCACUCUGCAGGGCUACAUCCUGUCUUCGUUCUUCUACGGAUACGUUAUAACACAGAUCCCGUUUGGAAUUUUAUCAAAGAGGUUUGGAGCUCGUUGUUUCCUCGGAGUUGGCAUGUUGAUCAACUCGGUCUUCGGCUUACUAGUGCCCAUUGCGGCUGAGAAAGGCUACCAGUGGCUCAUCUUGGUCCGUUUCAUCCAGGGUCUUGGUGAGGGUCCUAUAGUGCCGUGCUCUCACGCCAUGUUGGCCAAGUGGAUUCCACCCAACGAGAGGAGUAGAAUGGGAGCCGCUGUAUACGCUGGAGCACAAUUCGGCACGGUCAUCUCAAUGCCGCUAUCCGGUCUCCUGUCCGAAUACGGCUUCUCUGGCGGCUGGCCGUCCAUCUUCUACGUGUUCGGUCUCGUGGGCACCGUGUGGUCACUGGCCUUCUUGUUCCUGGUGUCUGAAGAUCCGGAGCACUGUCCCAAGAUUAAAGAGGCUGAGAAGAAGUAUAUUCUCAGUUCGCUGUGGGGCGCUGCUGGGUCUAGCUCACCACCGAUCCCGUGGAGCAAGAUCCUGCUGUCGAUGCCGUUCUGGGCGAUCAUGCUGGCGCACAUGGGCCAGAACUACGGCUACGAGACCCUGAUGACGGAGCUGCCCACCUUCAUGCGGCAAGUGCUGCACUUCUCCAUCAAGGAUAACGGCUUCGUAUCCGCCCUACCGUACCUGUGCAUGUGGCUGUUCUCCAUGUUUAUCUCCGUGGUGGCCGACUGGAUGUUGUCCAGCGGACGCUUCAACCACACGCAAGUCAGGAAGAUCAUCAACAGUAUUGGUGAAUACGGCCCCGCUAUCGGCCUCUUCAUCGCCGCAAACACAGGUUGCGACAAAUCCGCCACCGUCGCCAUCCUGGCCAUCGGUGUCGGUCUCAACGGUGGUAUCUACUCUGGAUUCAAGGUGAACCACUUGGACAUCUCGCCGCGCUUUGCCGGCAUUCUGAUGGCGUUCACCAAUUGUCUCGCCAACUUGACGGGUCUUUUGGCGCCUAUUGUCGCUGGAUAUAUCAUUGAGGGCAACCCAUCGCAAGCUCAAUGGCGCAAAGUAUUUUACAUCGCCGGGGGCAUCUACAUAGUCGCGGCUACCUUCUUCAACGUGUUCGGUUCCGGCCGAAGACAAGAGUGGGACAAUCCUGCCGAGGACGCGGCCCUGGCCCAGAAGGCGGCUGACAAGAAACAAGCCAAGCAAGACAAGAAAAUGGCGAAAGACAGUAGUGAAGCUGAGACGGCGCAGUGAGAGUUCAAAAUGGCGGAUUGCGUUAGAGUUGCCAGUUAAAAAACAAGUGAACAGUUUAAAACUGUUCAUAUUUGUAUUUUCAUAUGUUAUAAUUUUAGCAUCUAAGCCGUAAAUAAAGAAAGCAACUUUAUCGCAAUUCGGACCGUAACUUUAGUGAAUGACAUUAAAUUUAAAAAAUUAGGUAAAUUAAGAUUCGAUUGUUUCCCGCAGAUUUUAGGGUUGUGUAAGUUCUACCCGAUAUGAGUUUAUUUUUUGUUUACCUUUUUUUACUUUCUGAUAGAAAUAUAAAUUUAUUUUACCGUCCCUGUACACUAUUUUAUGCAUUCAAUCCGUUGAUAUACUUAGUACCUAACGUUUAAUUGUUCGAUAAACUGUAAAUAAAUAUGUAUUAUAAAGUACGUAAACGUCUCUUAUUGUAUUUUCAAAAACAAAAUACUUAAAGAGAUGCACAUUAAACUAGGCUGUGAUAUUACAUAACAGGAAUUUGAAUAUUUUGCAAUGUUUUCAAGCUCAAUUCGUAUCGUUGUUGUUUUUCAAAUAUCUCGACAACUUAUAUCGGGUGAACGAAAAAAAGGAAAACGCUAUUUAUUUAUUAUUACGUAACCUAGUAUUGUUAAUAUAGUUAAUAAAAGCUUGAAGAAUAUAAGAGACGAGUGAAAGGUGAAUAUGGGUCCAACUAGCUGGUCUACAUGAGAUUUCAUUCAAAAUACAUAGAUAGGUACAGCUCGGUAAAAAAAAGAGUAGAAAUUAAAAAGUGGCAACACUGUAGUGUCGUCCCGUUCAAACCAAUUUAUAUAAGAAAACGGGACGACACUAGUGUUGCCACUUUUUAAUUUCUACCCUUUUUUGCCAAGCUGUACAUGUUAAAUGCAAAAAGUGAUUUUUCAAUUUGUAUUUUGAAUGUAAUUACUGUCAUAUUACUACAGAUGAUUGGGUUAUAAUGCGUUUAUACAAUUUUAUUAUAUUUUUCGCUAUUCAAGAACUGACUGUAUGACGUCAAGAAGAAACGCAGAGAUAAGUUUAUCAAUCAAUUGUAGUAAUAAUGAAAAUCUGUUGUACAAUUUAUUGAAUCGUUACCGUCCCAGCCAGUGACAUUGUAGGGUCUGUGCGGAAAGAGAAGAGUCGUACAGCUUGGCAAAAAAGGCAAGGCACUUUUUAAUUUCUACUCUUUUUAAGUACUCUUCUAAGCUGUAGAAUGGCCUUCCCUUCAUUUCACGACUCUUCUCUUUCCGCACAGACUCUAUCUAUAUGUAUAAUUCCCUCGCAUUAAAAUUAGUCAAUGGGUAAUUUCUAUAAAAAGUUUUUACCUACUACCUACCGCAGAGUAUUCCUUUCUCGCUACCGAGUUAUUUUAUUAUGUCAACGUAACGUAAACCUUAAAGAUCAAGUUGAAAAUUAACGUGCCUUGAAAACAGCAAUCUAAGAAGACGCCAUCUAGCAGUGAACAGUAGAAACUUUGUUGACGUUUCAUGGCGUUCGUAUCAUGGCGGCACGAUUUUUUUGAAUUCUGUUAGAGUUAGACCAAGAAUAUUCUGCAAAAUGUACCAUGAUUGUAAAAUUUGUAAAGGUGCCAUUACUUGUUUCAUCAUUUCGGUAUUAGAAUUAACAUUCAUCGUAAUAUUUGUUUAUCGUUUGGCAAAAUUGGCAUACCUACCUACAUUUCUAAUUCCUAAUUCGUGUGCCAAACGUGUUGUAAGUUUAUUUUUUCAUUUUCACUGUUCGUUGGAAGCGAAUAUUGUUGCGUUAGAUAAGUCGUUGUUUAUGAAUAAGUAAAUGUAAUAUAUUACGGCAUUAGUUUAGUCUCUUGUGACGUCAUUUGACGCUGUACGCCCAGAGCUAUUGUGAUUGUAUUUUAUAUUUUAAGUUGUAACGUAGUAAAGAAAAUACUGGCCAUUAACAAAAGGAAACUGUUUAAGGUGCAGUAAUUUCAGCCAGCAGUUAUUGAAAAAUAUAGAUGGUCAAGCAAAUCUUGUUAGUAGAAAAAAACGCGAAAUUCAAAUUUUCUAUGAGACGAUAUCCCUUCGCGCCUACAUUUUUCAAAUUUGCCGCCUUUUUCUACUGACAAGAUCUGCUUGACCAAGUACCUAUACUAGCGCUUUUACAGAUCAUAAUACGAUUGCCAAAAAAUAUGAAUAGCAAUCUUGAGGCCUGUCUCUAAACUUCAUCGAUUUAAAAUCUGUUUAAACAUAAACAUGUUUAACAUUUAUCGCUCAAUGGAAAAUAUCACGAACAUAGGUGUAAAACUCACCAUUAAAAAUUUGUAACUAUGUUAGCACCAAAACAUGAAAAUUGCUUCUAAAAAUUCGUAAUAUUAUUUGUACCCAACUCAUCGAUUACUUUUCUUUGUUAAAAAUAACUAUUCACUAACAUGAGACAUGGGGCACGCACGGCUGUCUGCUCAGUGCUCAGCGGAGAAGGUCCUGAACUCACUGCACAUUAAAAAUGUAACACCAAAUGGCCAGUGUUUAUUAAAAUAAAUAUGAACUCUUAGCGCCGUUUGCACCAUCCCACUAUCCCGGGGGUUAACCGAUAAAACCUGGAGUUACCAUAGUUACCAGUACAAUUUGACACUGGGUUAACGGUUUAACCGGUUAUCCCCGGGUUAGUGGGAUGGUGCAAGUGGCGCUUAAAGGAAUAAACGAUUUUAAAAUUAUAUUCUGGCAAACAGUUAUGUAAACUUUUUGAAAUUCGCGCCUUUCUGUAGUAACGGAAAUGAUUGGCCAGAUUAUAAGUAUUCUGUGAUUUUGUCAGAGACAAGUGCUUGUGCCUUCGAUUAGGACCAUAUUGUUCGUAUUCCAAUUUUCAAAUCCUAAAGAAACAAAUGCCUUACAAAAUCCACAUUUUAAAAAAGUUAUCUCUAUUAAAAUAAAUUCUUUGAUACAUUAAAAAGUAUAAACUGUAAA